UCUCUCUCUCUCUCUCUCUCAUUCUUCUCUCUUCAAAUAUUUCCCAAUUAUAAACUUUUGUUUUUUUUGUUCUUGCAUUCUUUCUUCUCUGUGAAACGAGAUUUUUAUGAACAAGUACUAGUGGUAAUAUAAAGGGUAACUUUUUCCUAAUUUGAUAUCAAGAGAAGCCAACAAAAAAAAAAAAAAAAGAGAGAGCUUUUAUAUUUUGUGUGUGUGUGAUUUACUCUGUUUUUACAAUGGUUUUGUUUUGUGAAAUUUUUAUUGGUGAAGAAGGGAAUUUAGAAGACGGGGAGUGGAGAAACGAAUUAUAAUUGUAGAAAACAGAAAGAAAAAAGAAAAAAAGUUUUCUACUUUUUUAAAAAUCUCUCCUCUGUUUCAGAAACAGAGACAGAUCAAGAAGAUAUCACAAGCAGGCAGAGCUGUCUUGUCUUCUCAUUCAUCUCCUUCUUCUACUGGGUUUUUUUUUUUUUUAAUAUCAAGAAACCAUGUCGGCGAGUGUACUAAGUGAUCCAACAAUGCUAAUUUCAACACCAGAAGUAAUCAUCGUCACGCCGGCGCCGGGGACACAGAUCUCCGGAGACGAGCCGGAGCAGGUGACGUGUGAGUGCUGCGGAUUAACCGAGGAGUGUACGCAAUCGUACAUAGAGAUGAUCAAAGAGCGUUACAUGGGUAAAUGGAUCUGUGGACUCUGUUCCGAAGCAGUCAAGUACGAAGUCAUAAGAACGAAACGAUUCGUAACAACAGAGGAAGCUAUGGCAAGGCACAUGAACAUGUGUAAUAAGUUCAAAUCAUCAAGCCCACCUCCGAAUCCGACAGGGCAUUUGAUCUCUGCGAUGAGACAGAUCUUGAGAAGAAGCUUAGAUUCACCAAGAAUGCUUAGAUCCAUGCCUAGUAGUCCUUCUAAAGACGACGACCAAGAUCAUCAUGAUUGUGUUUCUUCUUCUUCUAAUGUUUUGUCUAGGUCUGAUAGCUGUUUCGCUAGUUUGACAUAAAAAAAAAAAAAGAAACAUCGUUGAAAAAAAAAGAAUAAUGUUUUUAAACCGUCGGUUUAGGGACCCACCUUGGAUUAAAUUCGGUUUUCAGAUUUGUAAAAAUUUCGUCGGUAAACCAAAAUCGGUCACUGUAUGUGUUUUUGCCGGAUUUGUAUACCUUGUGGAAACUUUUUGGGCGUAAAAGAACAAUUCUAGCUUUUUUCCCCAAUUGCUAAUAAAGGUUCGGAAUUGUGUC